UUGAGGAAGGCGGUGAUGGACCACAUCUCAGACUCGUUCCUGGAGACCAACGUGCCGCUGCUGGUGCUCAUCGAGGCGGCCAAGAGUGGCAACGAGAAGGAGGUCAAGGAGUACGCGCAGGUGUUCCGCGAGCACGCCAACAAGCUGGUCGAGGUGGCUAACCUGGCCUGCUCCAUCUCCAACAACGAGGAGGGUGUGAAGCUGGUUCGCAUGGCUGCCACCCAGAUCGACAGCCUCUGCCCACAGGUGAUCAACGCGGCCCUCACCCUGGCUGCUCGGCCCCAGAGCAAGGUUGCCCAGGACAACAUGGAUGUGUUCAAGGACCAAUGGGAGAAGCAGGUGCGCAUCCUCACUGAGGCCGUCGAUGAUAUCACUUCCGUGGAUGACUUCCURUCCGUGUCAGAAAACCACAUUCUGGAGGACGUGAACAAGUGCGUGAUCGCCCUGCAAGAGGGUGACGUGGACACCCUGGACCGCACGGCGGGCGCCAUCAGGGGCCGGGCGGCCCGCGUCGUUCACAUCAUCAACGCGGAGAUGGAGAACUACGAGCCAGGCGUUUACACCGAGCGCGUUCUGGAGUCUAUCAAGCUGCUGUCUGAGACCGUCAUGCCCCGUUUCGCUGAACAAGUGGAGGUGGCCAUCGAGGCACUGAGCACAAACCCCCCACAGACCUUCGAGGAGAACGAGUUCAUCGACGCGUCCCGCCUGGUCUACGACGGUGUGCGUGACAUCCGGAAAGCCGUUCUUAUGAUCAGGACACCUGAGGAGCUGGAGGAUGACUCAGACUUUGAGCAGGAGGACUACGACGCCCGCAGCAGGACCAGCGUCCAGACAGAGGAUGACCAGCUCAUCGCCGGACAGAGCGCCAGGGCCAUCAUGGCCCAGCUGCCUCAGGAGGAGAAGGCGAAGAUCGCCGAGCAGGUGGAGAGCUUCCGGCAGGAGAAGUGCAAGCUGGACGCCGAAGUGGCCAAGUGGGACGACAAUGGCAACGACAUCAUCGUCCUUGCCAAGCAGAUGUGCAUGAUCAUGAUGGAGAUGACAGACUUCACCAGAGGCAAAGGGCCCCUGAAGAACUCCUCUGAUGUCAUCAACGCCGCCAAGAAGAUUGCAGAGGCAGGCUCCAGGAUGGACAAACUAGCCCGCGCUGUCGCCGACCAGUGCCCUGACUCGGCCUGCAAGCAGGACCUGCUGGCCUACCUGCAGAGAAUCGCCCUGUACUGCCACCAGCUCAACAUCUGUAGCAAGGUCAAGGCCGAGGUCCAGAACCUGGGAGGAGAGCUCAUCGUCUCUGGGCUGGACAGCGCCACCUCCCUGAUCCAGGCGGCCAAGAACUUGAUGAACGCUGUGGUGCUCACAGUCAAGGCCAGCUACGUGGCGUCCACCAAGUACGCCAAGGUGUACGGCGCCGCCGCCGUCAACUCGCCUGUGGUCAGCUGGCGCAUGAAGGCGCCCGAGAAGAAGCCCUUGGUGAAGCGGGAGAAGCCCGAGGAGUGCCAGACCCGCGUUCGACGGGGCUCGCAGAAGAAGCACAUCUCGCCCGUCCAGGCCCUCAGCGAGUUCAAGGCCAUGGACUCCUUCUAAAGACGUCCGCCGCCACGACGUAUGUCAAUGAAACCAAGAAAAACAACACCGACAACGAGAAGUUUAAGAAAACUCCCUUCUUUCUUUGUGUUAAUUUGUUUCUUUCGGUGAGACGAGUUAUACCGAUAAUAACACCGGCUCCUUUCUCCCUUUUGAGCGAAGGGUCAAUGAAAAAAUCUACCUGGAGGACUUUGCUAUCCCGCCACCUGUUCUGAACUACAGCUCCCAUGAACACUUUGGGGCUUCUCGGCCAAUGGGGAGCCAGCGUGCUCCCACCCCUAUUUAUUACUAUUAUUACUACUGUAGCUUAACCGUGUGAGAGCCAAAUGUGUGACACUAAAAACAAGUACUUAAAAAAAAAGGGAGAUUAGAAAGUUAAAAACAAAACAUAUCAGAAGAGGGGCACCUAAAUGACUAAAUGGCCGUCAAUAUUAUUGCUAUAUCAUUACUAUUGUGGUACUGACCGGCUGCUCGUACACACAUUAAGCGUCUGAAUGGAAAUGAUGAAUGGGGCAGUAGUGAAAUCACUGCAAUAAGAGGAUCGAUCUAUCAAGGCUGAUAACCUUUGGGCGGUAUUUUCGUGGUGCAAAAAGAGYGCAGGUUUGUGCAAAAAUGACUGUAAACCUCGAAAUAAUCAGGCAGGGCGAUAUAAUUCGAAACUUUUCUUCGACAAUGUGCAUUAUUAAGGAGACGAUUGAACUAGAGUUUAGUUUACUGAGUAAUGCCUGUGCAGACCUGAUGAAACGUUUCAACUUAAAUCACACUGCCUGACGAUGAAGAGGUUGACAGUAUUACCCCCACAGAUCUGUGCUUUUGUCAAUAUUCCCCUCCUAACUUAAUAUCUUGUAUGUUUUCCCCGGUUUGAAUGUUACCUUACCUGUAGAGCUAGGAAUAACUUAUAUUUAAGGUAACUGAAAGUGUUUGGCAUCCAAGUCAUUUGUUUCCUUGUUCCUUCCCGACCCAUAACGGUGUUCCUGAACGAUGCACACACUUUAUGGUCCUAUGGUAUUGCCUUUCAAAAAAAUAUAUAUUUCUCAUGAUGAUAUCGCUAACUAUAUCACAGCCUGAUUGGAUUAUUGUGUAGAGUCUAAUAGUAGACACGGAGAGGUAUGACUAGUUGUGGUUUGCUCAGAGAAUAUAAGGCUGCGUUUAGACAGGCAGCCCRAUUCUGAUAUAUUUUUUACCAAUUUGUCUUUUAAUCAGUUCAGCUCUGAAAAAGAUCUGAUGUGAAAGAUCUGAUGUGAUUAGUCAACAGUGAAAUUAGUGGAAAGAAUAUCAGAAUUGGGGUGCCUGACUAAAUGAAGCCCUAAAGUCCUGCAUACAUACAUACAUACAGGUAAUUGCCAAAAUAAUGGGAACUUGAGUAAAUGACGGAUAUAAAGUAUAUUAAAAGCAGAUGCUUCCACACAGGUGUAGUUCUUGAGUUAAUUAAGCAAUUAACAUCCCAGCAUGCUUAGGCUCAUGUAUAGAAAUGCUUGGCAGGCCAUUAUUUGUGCGACCUACCAUGGCCCCCAUAGAAUGACAAUACCAUCCACACGGCAUGAAUGGCCAUGAAAUGGCUUGAUGAGCAUGGAAAACGAUGUAAACCAUAUGCCAUGGCCGUCUGUCACUAGAUCUCAAACCCAAUUGAACACUUGUGGGAGAUUCUGGAGCGGUGCCUGAGACCGCGUUUUCCACCACCAUCAACAAAACAUCAAAUGAUGGAUUCGGGUUGCAUCCCUCUAAUAUAGUUCCAGACACAAUCUAUGCUUAGGCACAUUGAAGCUGUUCUGGCUCGUGUUGGCCCACUGCCCUAUGAAGACACUUUAUGUUGGUGUUUCCUUUAUACUGGCAGUUACCUGUACAUACAUACAUACAAACAAGUACCUUUAUAUUCACUGUUCUCUAAUAAACCCCUCAACUUGA